UGUAACACCAACACGUAGCACCUGCCGCCCCGUCGGGCGAUCGUUUGGCCAGUCAUGUCGUACAUGAGCAAAAUCUCGGCCGCGGCACAACUGGUCCAUGAGGAUGAGUUCCGGCGAAUGCUCGAACCCGGACGCAAGAAGCACGACAAGCUGAUCGGGAGGCUGCCGAAAGGGCAGGAGUCGCCCUUCGGAGACUUCCCGCCUGACUACACGAGGCCUGAAGAUACCACCAAGAGGUCGCCGGCUCUGCGAUUGCUGGGCACGGCGACCUUGACUCCGAGGACCACCCUGGAGCAGGCGCUGCCGACUGCACGAAGCCUUGGAGCCAAGACCCCGCGCACAGCCCGGGAUACGAGGUUGACGCCACGAGACGUGCGGCUCUCCCCGAGGGAGGCAUCCUUCGCCACACCAAGGAGCCUAGAGAGUUCUGCUCCGCCAGCGGCGGGUGCCUUCAAGAGGCGACCAAUCGAGCCCUCAGAGUUCCGGAGAUUCUACGACAGGAACGACCUUCCCAUUCAGAUCAUGCACACUGGCACCCAGAACCGAAUCGCCUGGAAGGUGGAUGUUGAGAAGUUGGACUAUCACCACUACCUCCCCAUCUUCUUCGAUGGGCUGCGUGAGAAAGAGGAGCCGUACCGGUUCUUUGCGGUGGAGGGCGUCUACAAUCUCCUGGAGAAGGGUGGAUCCAAGAUUCUGCCGGUGGUGCCGCAGCUCAUCAUCCCCAUCAAGAAAGCGCUAAACACGAGGGAUACCGAAGUUAUGGUCACAACCAUGAAGGUGCUGCAGACGUUGGUGCUCUCCGCAGAGAUGGUGGGAGAGGCGCUUGUGCCGUACUACCGGCAGAUUCUACCAGUACUGAACAUCUUCAAGUCCGCCACAAAGAGUACCUUCGACCAGAUGGAUUACUCGCAGCGGAAGCGGAUGGACAUCGGAGCCCUCAUCGAUGAGACUCUGGAAAUCCUGGAAACUCAUGGCGGAGAGGAUGCCUUCAUCAACAUCAAGUACAUGGUACCGACUUACGAGUCGUGCGUCUCUGUGUGAGGUCGCCCAAGGAGCGGGUUGAGGCGCUUGAGCUGAAAGAAGCCGGCGCUGCAAGUUAAGGGGCCACGGGACGCCUUUUGGGAGACCCAAAGGCAGGAUGCCAGGGCACGCUUCAAACGAGAUCGGCCAAGACAGCUCAAAGGAGCUCCGAUUUCGGACUGGGCUUGUGUAAAAUGCGGCA